CCGGGAUUGGGGUGGGAAUGGGGCCGGGAAUGGGGCCGGGAAUGUCCCUCCCGGACGGGGCUGGCACGGCCCCAUGCGCGGGGACAACGGGGGCGGACCGGGACCGGAGCGGCCCACGGGACCGGCAGCGCUUCCCGGACCCAAAUUCCUGUCCCACGUCCCCAUCCUGGUCCCAGAAUCCCCAUCCCGAUCCCACAUCUCCAUCCCGGUCCCACAAUCCUCAUUCAUAUCCCAGAAUCCACAUCCCGAUCCCACAUCUCCAUCCCACAUCCCGAUCCCAUAUCCCAAUCCUACAAUCCCCAUCCCGAUCCCACAUCCCCAUCCCGCACCCCCAUCCCGGUCCCACCAUCGCCAUCCCGAUCCCACAUCCCGGUCCCGGUCCCACAAUCCCCAUCCCAUAUCCCGAUCCCGCACCCCGAUCCCACAAUCCCCAUCCUGAUCCCGCAUCCCAAAAUCCCGGUCUCACAUCCCCAUCCCCGUCCCGAUCCCAAAAUCCCGAUCCCAAUCCCGCAUCCCCCCGGUUCCCGCACGCCCGGAUUCCCCCGGCCCCGCCCCACAGCUCCCGGUCUCCCCUCCCUCCCUCCCUCUCCCCUCCCUCCCUCCCUCUCCCCUCCCGUCCCUCCCUCUCCCCGCCCUCUCCCCGCUCCUCCUCCGCCGCUCCCGUUCCGUUCCGUCCCGGCCCCGCCGCGCCCCCGCAGAUGGAGACGGAACCGGAGCCAGAACCGGAACCGGAGCUUCCCCCCGCGCCGUGCCCCGCCGCUCCGGCCUCCCCCCCGUCCCACCCCGCGGAGGGCGAGCGUGACGAUGAGGAGGAGGACGAAGAUUUCCAGUUCCUGCGCUGCGAUGGCUGCGGGCAGGACUCGGCGCGGCCGCGGCUGCUGCGCUGCCUGCACACGCUGUGCCCGGCCUGCCUGAGCGACACCAAGCUGUGCCCGCGCUGCCAGGCGGCCGCGGGCGCGCCCGCCGUGGACAACCUGCUCUUCUGCAACCUGCGGAGCCGCCUGCAGCUCUGGCGGCAGAUCCGCAGCCCCGGCGGGCCCGGCUGCAGCCGCUGCCGCGCCGAGGCGGCGCUGGUGUGGUGCUCGGACUGCGAGGAGUUCUUCUGCGGCCGCUGCCUGGAGGAGCACCAGUGGUGGCACAAGAGGAAGGAGCACAGGGUGCGCAGGGUGGAGGAGCUGCGGGCGGGCUCGGCGCGGCAGUUCCUGCAGGACACGCGCGGCUCCUGCAGCCUCUUCUGCUCCAGCGCCAGCCACCCCCGGGAGAGCCGCGUGUGCAGCAUCUACUGCCCCCGCUGCGAGCGUGCCCUGUGCUGUCCCUGCGCGCUGCUGGACACCGGCCACGCUCCGUUCCGCGACCUCCGCGCCGAGAGCCGCCGGCGCCAGGACGAGCUGCGCUCGCUGCGCCGGGACCUGCGGCGGCUCCGCGGCUCCUUCGAGGCGGCGCUGGCGCGGCUGCGGGGCGCGGCGGCGCGGCGGGAGGAGCAGCGGCAGCGGCUGCGGGAGCGCGUCCUGGCCAGCGCCGAGCGCCUGCAGGAGCUGGUGCGCAGCGAGGCGGAGGAGCUGCGGGCGCUGCUGGAGGCGCGGCCCGAGCGCGGCCCGGGCGCGCUGGCGGAGGAGCUGCGCGGGGCCGAGGGCGCCCUGCUGCGGCUGGAGGCGGCCGAGAGGCUGGCGGAGAGGCUGGGGCGCUACGGCGGCGAGCAGGAGCUGAUGGACAUGCAGCCCUUCGUCAAGGCGGCGCUGCUGGAGCUGCGGCGGCUGCGGCCGCCCGAGCCCCCCGAGCUCCGCGAGCCGCCCGACUUCGCCGAGUGCCGGGCGCGGCUGCGGGCGCUGGUGGAGCGGGUCACGGGGCGGCCAGAUGUCUCCGAGGUCGAGGUGGCCCUGGAGAACAACCUGGAAGAGGAUCCAGCCCAUCCCAAACCCCACAGCGUCUCCCCCAGCCUGGAGGAGAUCCACGUGGAGCAGCCUCUCCCGCUGCCCUGCUGGAAGAAGCGGCCGCUGCCCAGCAUGGAGAGGGGCAGCCAGAUGUCUCCCAAAAUCCUGAAGCUGGAAUGCGACCAUGAGCCGGGCCCCAGCCAUCCCAAAUUCCAGUGGGAAUUCCGGACGGAGCCCGGCCCCUCCACGUCGCAGCACAACUGCGUCGGUGCCGGUGACACGGAGGGCGGCAGCAUCAUCAUCUGCAGCUCGGACGACAGCGACGAGGACACCGUGCUGGUGACGGUGACGCCGGAGCCGCCUCCCUGCUGACGUCCCGUGGGAUCCUCCGGCCUCGUCCCGCAAUUCCCGGCCUCCCAUUCCAAGAUUUCCUCUGGGCUUUCCUCUUCUUGGCCAAUCCCAAAUUUAUUCCUGGACUGAGCUCCGGUGUUCCUGAGUGGCCCCAAAUCCCACCUGGAUCUGCUGGGCUCUCCCCUUGGAGGCUUUGAGGUUUCCUGGGAAUGUUCUUCUCCUCUUCAAUCCCAUCUGGGUUGAUCCCAAAAUAAAAUUUGGGAUGGGAGUUGCCGGCGGAUCCCCUUCCCGAGCCCCCCAAAGGUGGGGAGAUGAUCCCAAGGGUGGGAUCCCCUCUGGGAUCAGCAGCUGGAGCAGGGAAUUCCUUGGGAUUGGGAUUGGGAUUGGGAUUUGGGUUCUUUUCCUGGUGUAAUGAGGGCUUAAAAUCCCGGGUUUUUUAUCUCUCCCCUCAAUAAAGCUGCUCCGGGAUAAAA